AUGUAAGAAGAUUACACUUAUCAAGUAUGAUGUAUAAUAAGAUAUUUUAGAUUCUAAAAAAAUGCAACGGAAAGGUUAUCAUCUAGAUAAAUGAAUAAUUAUUGGAUGUUAUUAAUACUCAUUUCACCAUAAAACCAUAAUAACAAUAAAGAGAAGUACCCUAUUCAGUCAAGAAAUAACAUAAUUUCUAAAGACGAAUAGUACCAUUCUUUAUGAAUCAAUUCAUGCAUUGGGCAGAAGAAAUGGGAUAUAAAUAGGUUGAUGGGUAUCUGAGAGCAAUCCAUAAAAAGAAAACCUCAAAAUAAUAAAAGUUUGAGUUAGGAGAUCUUAAGAAGUUAUUUGGUGCAAUCAAUCCAAGAACAAAAAUUAUUCAAAUGGAAACUCAGACUAAAUGGAUUGAAUUUUUGGGUAGUCAGGCAGAGAUCUGUGUACUUGUUAAUAAUAAAAUCAAAGAUCAAUCAACCAAACAAAUGUACAUACAAGCAAUUGAAAAUUUGAAGGCUGAAUUGAAAAAAGAACAACCUUAUGACAAAUUCUUGAGUCUUCCAAAGAAAGAGGAAUCAAAUGAUUCUUUAUUGGAAGAAUCAAAAGAGUAUUCAAUCAAAGAGGAAUAUUCGAGUGGGGAAAUAGAUGAUUAUGCUCCAACUUAUAAGGAAGACCCAUAUUCUUAUUUAAGUUGUGCAUAUAGCAAUUACGAAUGAC